AGUAGUGAGGAGCAAAGGAAAUGGUCUAUUUGAGUGACCAUAAUGUGGUUUCACUGACUGGAAUUUUCUGGAAUUUUAAGUAUCACGAGGUUUUUUCUUUACCAUUUGCUGGAUUGGGUGGCUAAAUUAUAGCCAUGGCAAAGAAGGGACUAACUCGCUGGCUAAAUUGGAGCACUUGGUGCGUGCUUGGAAGGAAAUGCAGCUGUAGCUUUGAAAGCUGCUUAGAUACUGUGAAAAUGGAAACUGCAGAGGAGUUGAAAUCCGGCAAUGGAAAUUCAAAUCCAAUAUACCGAUAUCACCCCUGGCAAACCAUGUAUGAGGUAUGAUACACGGAUAUAAAAUUAAUGGCUUUAAUCAGUGUGGUAGAAACAGAAUUGCAAAGAAUAAGAGCUCAAUCUUUAAUCACAGUCAUACUAUGCCAUCCACCAUCCAUCUCAAACGCAGUCUCAAUUUCCAAGAAUUGGGUAGAGAAUUUCGGUUGAAUGCUGUGCUACACAUUGUGGCUACCCCACAUAAAAUCACUGUAGACUCUCGUACACAGGUUCAAUCACUCCACACCUACGUUUAUGAGAAUGUGCUUUCACAGGGGCAGCAAAUCCAUUCUGUCAUCAGUCACAGAGGAUUUGCAGUUGUUAAACCCACAUUUUUUCAAAAUAAUCUAAUCAGCAUGUAUGCUAAAUGUGGUGGUUUGAAUGGUGUUCGGAAAGUGUUUGAUGAAAUGACGGAACAAGAUGGCUUCUCAUGGAAUGUGAUGAUCUCAGCUUACCGAAGACAUGGGUGUGCUCACGAGGCAUUGACAUUGUUUCACCAAAUGCAACCAUCAUGUACCCAACCUGACCAAUUCACCUUUUCCAGCAUUCUCCCUGUCUGUGCUGAAAUACGAGCUUUGGCGCAGGGUGUGGAUAUUCAUCGAAGCGUAAUCGAAAGAGGAUAUUUGUCAGAUGUUGUGGUUGCCAGUGCCCUGAUAGACAUGUAUGCAAAAUGUGGAAGUAUACAAAAGGCACGGGAACUGUUUGACAAAAUGCCUCAAAAAAAUGUGGUUUCAUGGAAUUCGAUGAUUGCAGGAUAUGUACAAAAUGGUGACCUUGACGAGGCGUUGAGGUUUUUCAAAGAAAUACCUGAAAGAAAUGUUGUCUCAUGGAAUGCGAUGAUUGCAGGGUAUGCACAAAAUGGAAUUGUCGAAAAGGCCUUGACGCUAUUUUACCAAAUGCAACAAACAGGUGUCCAACCUGAUCAGUUCACCUUUGCCAGCAUCCUCCCAGCCUGUGCCAAAAUAGGAGCUAUGGAACAGGGUAUGCAUAUCCAUCAAAACAUAGUAGAAAGUGGUCUUUUAUCAGAUGUUGUUGUUGCAAGUGCCUUGAUAGACAUGUACGCAAAAUGUGGAAAUACACAAAAAGCUCGGGGACUGUUUGAGAAAAUACCUAAAAGAAAUGUGGUAUCAUGGAAUGUAAUGAUUGCCGGAUAUGUGCAAAAUGGUGUACUUCAUGAGGCUGUAAGGCUGUUCAAAGAAAUGCCUAGACGAGAUGUGGUCUCAUGGAACACCAUGAUUGCAGGAUAUGCACAAAGUGGACUUGUUGAAAAAGCCAUGGAGACUUUUAAGAAGAUGCAAUUGACAGGUGUAACGCCAAAUUCCAUAACCUUUACCAGCAUACUCACAGCUUGUGCCGCAAUGAGAGAUUUAGAAAAGGCCAUGGACAUCCAUAAAAGCAUUAUUGAAAGCGGAUUUUUUUUAGACGCUGUAGUUGCCAGUGGCCUGAUAGAUAUGUAUGCAAAAUGUGGAAACAUACAGAAGGCACGUGAACUGUUUGACAAAUUGUCUCAACGAGAUGUUGUAUCAUGGAAUGCCAUGAUUGCAGGUUAUACACAAAAUGGUAUUCUUGGUGAUGCAUUGAGUCUUUUCAAACAAAUGCCUGGACGAGAUGUAGUCUCAUGGAAUGUGAUAAUUGCAGGAUAUGCACAAAAUGGGCUAGUUGAAAAGGCCUUGGAGACUUUUAAGCAGAUAGAAUUCGCAGGCGUAAAGUCAAAUUCCACAACCUUUGCCAGUAUCCUUCCAGUCUGUACCAAAGUAGGUGCUCUGAGAAACGGUAUGGACAUCCACCAAAGAAUUAUCAAAAAUGGAUUUUUGUCAGAUGUUGUACUUGUUAGUACUCUGACAGACAUGUAUGCCAAAUGUGGAAGCAUACACGAGGCACGUGAACUGUUUGAAAAAAUACCCCUCCGUGAUGCGAUUUCAUGGAACGCGAUGAUCACAGGAUAUGCACAAAAUGGUGCUCUUGAUGAGGCUUUAAGACUUUUUAAACAAAUGCCUCAACGAGAUGCAGUCUCAUGGACUGCAAUGGUUUCAGGAUAUGCACAAAAUGGACUUGGUGAGAAGGCCUUGGAGACUUUCAAGGAAAUGCAAUUGGUAGGGAUCCAGCCUGAUCAGUUUACCUUUGCCAGCAUCCUGCCAACCUGUGCUAAAAUGGGAGCUUUGGAACAGGGCAUUGAAAUCCAUCAAAGUACAAUCGAAAGUGGAUUUUUGUCAGAUGUUGUAGUUGUGAGUGCCCUUGUAGACAUGUAUGCAAAAUGUGGAAGCAUACAAAAGGCUCGUAAACUAUUUGACAACAUGAAUCAACGAGAUGCAGUCUCAUGGAAUGCAAUUAUUGCAGGAUAUGCAUUUCAUGGCUUUCACAUGGAUGCUUUCCAACUCUUUGAAUUAAUGAAACUCUCUGGAGCAUGCCCUGACCGUAUAAGCUUCAUUUGUGUUUUAUUUGCAUGCAGCCAUGCAGGGUUGGUAGAUGAGGGCUGUAAAUAUUUCAAUGACAUGAUUAACUCUCAUUGUUUUAUCCCUACAAUUGAUCAUUAUGUAUGCAUUGUUGACCUUGUUGGCCGUGUUGGUUAUCUUGAGGAAGCUUUAAACUUUAUCAUCAAAAUGCCAGUUAAACCUGUGGCGGUUGUGUGGAUUUGUAUGCUUGGGGCUUGUAGAUCACAUAAUAAUGUAGGGCUUGGAGUAUUUGCAGCAACUUGCCUUUUUGAGAUGGAUCCAAAAUCUGCUGCACCUUAUGUUCUUCUCUCAAAUAUCUAUGCAGAAGGGGGCAGAUGGAUUGAAGUUCAAAAGGUGAGGAGAUUGAUGAAAGAUAGAGGAAUAAAAAAGACACCUGGAUGUAGUUGGAUUGAAAUCCAUAAAAUUGUACAUGUUUUUUUUGUAGAAAGCGGAUCACACCCACAAACUCAUGAGAUCUAUGGAAAGCUGGACAAAUUGUCUACGUAGAUGAGGUAAGCAGAUUAUUCUCCAAAUGCAAGGCAUGUACUGAAUGAUAUGGGGGAGUAAAAGGAGAUUCUCACCUGCCACAGUAAUGAGAAAUUGGCAGUAGCAUUUAAAUGGUAAACAUGUCUGUUAAUUAUCCGAGUUGCCAAGAGCCUUUGAGUAUGUGUCAAGAUUGUCAAACUGCGCCCUAAUUUAUCUCCAAGAUCAUUUCAAGAGUUGUCAGAGAUGUGAACUGCUUUAAUCAUUUCAAGCAAGGACAAUGUUCAUGUGGAGAUUAUUAGUGAUGCUAAGUCAAGAAAGCAUAGGCUUGCCCUAUAACAGGGUACAUUGUAUCAAACUUUUAGGGACAAGCAGCAAUCAAGUUUUAUUUUCAGUC